AUGGAGUAUUUGCAAGACAUCCAGAAGCCGUCCAUUGAGCGGCCUUUCGGCAUCCACCUAUGGCCGAUCUUCGACAAGGCCUUCGAGGCCGUUAUGGGCUACCCUGCCAGCGAGUUCCAGUUCGUUGAGGGCAAGACGCCGAUGUCGACCUUCAGGGAGACGGCAAUCAUGCUCAUUGUUUACUACGUGACAAUCUUCGGAGGUCGCGAGGUGAUGAGAAACCGCCCGGCUUUCAAACUCAACACCCUGUUUAUGAUCCACAACUUCGUUUUGACCGCCGUCAGCGCGAUUCUGUUGGCCCUCUUUGUUGAGCAGCUUGUUCCUACCAUCUGGAACCAUGGCAUUUUCUACUCCAUCUGCGACCACCGCGGUGGAUGGACGCAGCCCCUGAUUGUCCUGUACUAUCUCAACUACCUGAACAAAUACCUAGAGUUCCUCGACACCGUUUUCCUGUUCCUCAAGAAGAAGCCUCUGACUUUCCUCCACACCUACCACCACGGCGCCACCGCUCUCCUUUGCUACACUCAGUUGAUCGGCCUGACCGCCGUCCAAUGGGUUCCAAUUACUAUUAACCUUUUGGUGCACGUUGUUAUGUACUGGUAUUACUUCCAGAGCGCUCGCGGUAUCCGUAUUUGGUGGAAGAAGUACAUUACUCGCCUUCAGAUCAUCCAGUUUGUUAUUGACCUCGUCUUCGUUUACUUUGCGUCGUACACCUACUUUGCAUCCACCUACUUCCCCUGGGCUCCCAACGCUGGCAACUGCGCCGGUGAGGAAUUCGCUGCCUUCGCUGGAAUGGGCAUCCUCACCUCCUACCUCGUUCUGUUCAUUUCCUUCUACAUCGUCACCUACAACAAGGCUGCUAAGACCGGUCGCCCGCGUCGCAACACUGGAAAGCAGGCGGUUAUUGACAUGGCCAGAUAUGAAGUGGCUCCUCCCUCUCCUGCCGGUGAGAAGAAGUCGAACGGCUCGGCCGUGACCACUGGCCGCUCCAACGGUCCCGCUACCCGCUCUCGCAAGGCGUAGAUUCAGGGACGAGUACGACGAUACUCGAACCAUGUGAACUAGCUCGUCAGCCAGUUAACCCGCGUGCGGAGAGCUCGGUUCCCCUCCAGGCGUUGCCCCUGGACCUGCAUUUGACCGGCGUCCCAUAGCCAAGCCGGAACGGUUCCUUCUGUGAUUGUAUUAUGGUGCCGAAGUAUCGCUUUUAAUGAAUGACCCUGAUGACACUGGCCGCCUUUGCCUGGCCAGAUGAUGCAUGUCGCAGCGAGCUUUGUGACAUUGUUGGGUUGCAAAGCUAGCGGAUGUUGUGCAUGAAGGUUAAAAUAAUUUCGUGGAAUGGUUGUGUCAUUUCUCGGUGUAUUCUACAGACGGUUUGUUGGUCUUGCAUCUUGCUUCUUUCCUCUUAUUCUUUCUUUUCGCUUUCCUGCAGGUUGCAGAUUUUUUAUUAUUAUUAUUUUCUUUUGACAUUCUUAGUAUCUAUAGAUGACGGCAACCUAAAUGUAAUAUGUGCUUUGACUGUGUA